AUGACAGCAGAGAGACUCGGACCAGAAUACGAAAACAUACGACUAGCAAGAUUGAGUGAUCUGCCCCGAAUAGCCGUCGUUGCUGCUGCUGGUUUCUAUCAUUCCCCAACCUUCCGGUUUCAGCGGCCUCUUCACAAUAUACACAAUUGGUCGCAGGAUACGGUUCUAUCAUACUGGAAUGAAUAUCGGGAGGAAAUACAUGAUCCUGCAAGCGUAGUCCUGGUGGUGGAGGACAACAGGGUCGAAACCGAGCAAGAUCAUGCAUUUGAAGCAUUACGUGCAAGCUCCUUGUACAGCUAUGGAUGGAAUUCGGAUGGCGCCAAAACCAUUGUAGGCGUUUGUGGCAUUGAUUUGAAGCCAGGAUCGUCCCGUAUCGGUGAAUUCCAGCCAGAAAAGCCCCCUCAGCCCAAAGCAACAUGUCCCACGGUAAAUAGAGACAUGAGUCCCGAGGCCCUCCAUACGUAUAGUCUUGCCACUGCCGGUGCGAAGGCUAGAUACCUCGAAGGUCACAUGCGACUGAGUACACUGGCUGUACACCCUGCGUACUGGCGUCGAGGACAUGCCACACGGCUGGUGAACUGGUGCACUUCGCUCGCGGAUAGGGAAGACACACAGGUGGGAAUUUCGGCGGCUCCAAUGGGGGCGACAGUUGCUGCCAAAGCUGGCUUUGAAGAGCGAGAGCUUAUUACGAUCAGCGCAACGGACGUGCAGCGGAUUCUCACUCCAGCGACCACUGUCGGAGAAGUGACGCUUUGGAUCGCUGUGCGGCGGCCAUCUCGUUCACCUUCUGACGCGGGAACAUUACGCUCGAAUUCCUCUGCGUCCGCCUCCGGUAUAGAGUUAUAG